AUGUCUCAAACGGUGUCUGCGGUGAUCGUGAUGACUCCAACAGGAGGAUCCAGCUACGUAGCCACAGUGACGACUCGGACGACGGAGGCUGCGGCAGCUGCGCCCGCAGGGACGAGCACGGCUCAAAUGGCUCGGAAUCCGGUCAUGUGGAAAGCUCGAGACAUCCAGCGCCUAGGGCAAUUGCCUUUGGACUCGGAUGACCCUGCGCCGGCUCGGGUUGAGGCUUGCAUCACUCACCUGAAUAACAGGGUGAGAGACUUGCUUGGAGAUGAGGACUUUCCUGUUACAGAGGAAGAAGACGCCGUGCUCAAAGACAUCCAGCGCUGUGAGGGACAGGGUUGA